CGUCGUCGUUCCGGAUGGUGGGCAUUUCGGGAGAUCGGGAUGCGUGCGGAUGUUCCGCUAGAGGACAGGGCAGGGCAGCCCGCCACCUUUGCAGCAGCAGCGCAGCCUUCCGCUGCACGCGAUCGUCUGCGGUUCGCUUCUUUUAUCUCUCUGUCUCUGUCUCUGUCUCUCUCUAUUUUCGGAUCCUCCCAAACCGGGCGAAUCCGUUUCUUUCGAGCUUACACGAGCAUAGCUUGCAUAGGAUUGGACGGGGGUUAAGAGUGAUUCGGAGGCCAGUGGUUGGCCGUCGAUCCAACCUCGUGUGAGUGCAAUUUGGCAUUGGUGCCGUUUCGUUUUGGAGCGCUCGCGUACAUUCAUUCAUUCAUUCCUUCUUUUUCCCUAUUCUGCUCUUCCCUUCCGCCUGUUCUCUUGCUUGUACGCUUGUGUCGUAGCACAUUCAUUUGUCGCGCAUGCACAUUAUGAUUACAUCGUCAGUGAUUCCUCUGCUGGUCGGUGUUCCGGUUGAGCGCCUUGAAGUUUAGGUCAGUGCAUCCGUGCCAUUGCGUGGUUUGAUUUUCUCGGAAUUGAAGAGAGUUGGUUGGAGUGAUGGUUGGCUUCGAGGUUUUCCACAGUCGUUGUGGAAGCUGGCGAAAUGGUUGAGAAAACCUAAGCGGUCAGAGAGACGGGAAGUCGGUUGUCCGAGAGUUCGUGGCACGACGUAUGUGCAUGGCGUGAAGUAGAAGGUAGUUUUCGUGUUAACGUGGCGGGGCGAAGAGGAUUGUACGUGACUGUAAGAGUGGGAGAAUUGAUGAACACGGGUUGUUGGGACCUUCUGUGCGAAAAUUACGAGGAGGUGCGCUGAAUUCGGAGAAGCGUAUUUAUGAAGGAUUCUUGCGAGGAGCAAUACUUGGCGGAUUUGUAGUUUUAGUUAAGUCCCUAGCUUGAGUUCGAGUUUCGAGGCGAUUUCGUUUGUGCUGCUGGAGGAAUUUGCCUGCAACGGAAUGUAGGCGGAGAGUUCACUAUUAUGGUGAAUCGAAGUGGAAGAUUGGCAGCCUGGGUGCUUCAGGUUGCGGCAUUUAUGAACGUAUAGGGAACGAAGGCCCUGGUGGAACACUAUGAAAAUUGAGAUUUGGUGGGUGAGGAGGGUUUGAGAGGCAUGCUUAGGUUGCUGAGAUCAUCAGAAUUUCCGCUGCCGGAUUUGGAAUCAGGUGGUUUGGCGAGGCUAGUGCAGUCUGCUGGCUGCCUCAAAUUAUGUUCCGCAACAAUGAACCAUUAAGAAGCGUCCCGCAUGGAGUGACUGAAGUGGAGCUACCUGAGUAUCAUCGACUUCAUGGAGGUGAAGAUGCUGAAGGCCCCCCUGAUUUUUUUCGUGGUGAAACCUCCAAGUGGGGAGCUGUGACUGACCUCGAUGAGUUCUUUCAGCGAGUUUAUCAGUAUUACUGUGACAAAGGCUUCUGGUGCAUAUUCAUCCAAUGGUUGUGUGAGCUUGCCUCACUAGGUUUCACCAUCGGAUUCUCAGGUUUCUUGGUAUUAUUUGUAAAUUGGCCUGGGUUACUCAAUGCCAAGUGUGGUAUAGAUGCCAUUGAAGAAGGAAAGUUUCACAAUUGUGACCUUGUAAAAGAGGCUCUACAUGAACAUCCUUUAACUCCAUUUACCCUCGUCAAGGCCUUCUUCGUCACCUAUCUUGCACUUCUCUCUAUAUAUUGGUUGUUUUGCUUCCUACGAUUCUUCACUCAGCUCCGCGACACUCUUGAGGUCCGCCAUUUCAUACACAACAGCCUUGCUGUCACAGAAAAUGAAUUGCAAACAAUGGCCUGGCCUACAAUGGUUGAUAAAAUUGUGCAGCUGCAACAAACUGAACGGCUCUGUAUCGUGCGACAACUCUCAGCACAUGAUAUAGUGAGUCGUAUAAUGCGGAAGGAAAACUAUCUGAUUGGCCUUUUAAAUAAAGGGGUUUUAGGUCUAGAUUUACCUUACUGGGUACCAGGUGCAGGACCUAUGCUCAACCAUGACAAGAAGCGACUAGUCCUGACGAAAAUGGUUGAAUGGAGCCUCAAUUGGUGUAUUCUUCAGCACAUGUUUGACAGUAACUUUUUGAUACACAGAGACUUCACAACUAAUCCUGCACGUCUGCGCAAGAGACUAGUGGUGCUGGGCGUCUCUAUGUUGCUAUUGUCGCCUUUCUAUGUGAUCUUCAUGUUCUUCUAUUUCCUACUUCGGAAUGCCGAAUCAUUUUAUCACAAUCCUGCUUCUAUGAGUUCUAGGCGGUGGUCGAAUUUGGCCAAGUGGAAUUUCCGAGAAUUCAAUGAGCUGGAGCACAUGUUCAAGCAUCGUCUAAAUUCAAGUUAUAAACAUGCUGUAGAAUAUGUGAAGCAGUUUCCGUCCCCAAUUAUCAGUAUGAUUGCAAAACUUGUUUCGUACGUAGCAGGUGCAUUUGCAGCUGUUAUUCUUCUGAUCUCUUUGAUCGACGAAUCUCUUCUAGAAGGGCACAUUGGAAAACACAACUUGAUCUGGUAUACAGCCUUCUUUGCAGCAAUCUUGUUGGUGAGUAGGUCGCUCAUUACGGAGGACUAUCAAGUUUUCGACCCGGUGGGCGUCAUGCGACAAAUUACAAGUCAUACUCAUUACAUGCCCAAACACUGGCGGGGUGCUGAAAACACAGAUAAAGUCCGGAUAGAGUUCGAAGGUCUCUUUAAGUAUAAAGCAGCGCUUUUCUUUGAGGAGAUCAUGUCCAUCAUUGUUACACCUUUCAUUCUUAUCUUUGCAUUACCAAAGUGCGUUGAAGAUGUGUUGCUGUUUGUAGAAGAUUUUACUGUUUAUAUAGAAGGUGUUGGCCAUGUCUGCAGUUUGAGUAUAUUCGACUUUGAGCAUCAUGGAAACUCUAAGUAUGGAUCGCCAUUUCAUACGAGCAAGGACCGGCGCAGUUCUCAAGGCAAAAUGGAGAAAUCUUUCAUAAGUUUCAAAACCAACUAUCCCAACUGGGAACCGGAUGGAAACGGCAAACAACUCAUGUCUGUCUUGGCAGACUUCCGUCUACGUAAUGAAGAGAAUGAGCUUGCCAUGGGUCAACUGUUUUCGUCUGUUCGACUACCUCAACCGCCCAACCAACUCAGACCUUGGGGAUCGCCAAUGCCUGGAAAUUCUCUUUACACUCGCUCUGUCAACUCAACUGUGCGAGAUAGGUUUGCGAACAACAUUCCUUUUGCCCGCCCUCCUGCGAAUCAAGCAUCUUCCGAUCUGUUAAGAAAUUACGAUAAUCCACUUGCUGAGAGUUCCGAGCAGAUAUAUUGGCUGGAUAAGUUUUAUACAGCAUCACAGUCACCUCAAAAUUUGGAAUCAGGAUUAUUGCUGGAUGACAGACAUAGUGAAAGUAGGGAAACGGUUGCAGAUGGUUUUGGUUCCGGGUGCGGGGGUAUGGAUACGAGUUUACAGAGUAGAGCUGAUCAUACAGAGAGAUUCAACAGAGUAGGGAUGAAUUCCACUCGAGGGAUCCUUGGGAACCAGGGGUUUGGUCAAGUAGCUGGUGAGAGCAGGUGGUGGGCGCGCAAAGGGCCUGGCUCAAGUGGGGCACUUGGUGAAAGCUCCUUUGAGCCUCCAACUUUUGCUAGAGGUCGUAUAGCUGGAAGUCAAGAUGAUUUGUAUGAAAGUGAAGAGGAUCAUGAGCGUGAUUGGUCAUCACAACGGCACACAAUGGGGACGUUUGGAAGCAGCCAAAUUUCAGAGGAUGAAAGUCCACCUUUGGAAUUUCCAUUUGGGGAUGUGUAUCAAAAGCCUUGGAAUGAGCCUGCCUCAAACGCAAAGGGUGAUCCAGUGAAUCCAGAAAACUUGCCAGACUGAUCAACCGUUUGUUGUGAACACGCCCUGAACCCUCCAAAAGCAUUGUAUUAGAGUUUUAGGCAACCAGGAUGUCUUCGUUGGGAAGGAUAACCAACGCUACGUCCUUAAAUCUUCAAGCUGGUGAAAAUUGUGUUGGUUCGUAUUAUUGUCUUUCGUGCAGAAUCCACUCAUUCUUUAUCUACGCAGGAUCUGUUCGAUCUGAGCAGAGGACAUUUGUAUAACUUAUUUGCCCAGUAAACAACUGUUAAACGUACUGAGUGUAGAGGGGAGAUGGGGGUGGGGGAAGUUGAUAAAUCCUCUCAUGAACAGAAAGGGUGUACAAGGUUGUUUUGGGGAAGAGCAGGUUUCUUCUGCAUUCAUCUAUUAUACAGGGUUAAUAAAUUAGGCCAUUCAAGCAUCCGCAUGGCUUGGUGUACUGUCAUUACUUCUCUUCUUUUCUUUUUUUUUAAUCCCCCCCCCCCCCCCAAUCUUCAGAUCUGUUAAUAUUCUCUUGAGGUCUUGUACAAAUUAUUAUUAAGAACCUAUUUAGUGGUUCCCAAUUGGGCCGCUUGUCAUCUGCCUCUUUGGAACUUUGCAUUGGAGACUGUGCUUCACCUUCUCAAGUUUUAGCGUCUAAUGGUGCCUUCCCCCCUGUCCGUGAUUCGUCUGGUUCCUUAUCGUUUUAAUAAACUUAUGAAAGGCAUUAAUUUGGAUUUCCAUGGUCCGGAUAGUUAGUACUAACUUAACAUGCAGUAUAUAAUCUGCAGUACUUUGUGCAGAAGCUCUAAGUCUGCACCAGUUUGAAGCAGCACCAGUUCAUGACGUGCAUCUCACCAGGUUUUGAAUUGGAGAAGAUGAGUAAGCAAGCACCUAAUGUCUUUUUGUCUGGCGGCAGCCUUGCAUCUAUGAUAACGCCGCAGUAGGAGUUUGUGACUGCUCAAUUCAAUUAGUGAUGGCACUUCUGGAAGUAAUUGGAAUUUGUUUGACAAGAUAAUUUGUCUCAUCGUAAUAGCAGCUGUAGGUCCCGAAUGGACCCUGCACCUACAGGUGGUGUUCAGUGUGAUAGAAUAUACAUUAUGGACGUUUUGGAUUGUGUACAGAACCAAAUUGUGUGAGCAUCCCCCAA